AUAAAUCCCCCUAUGAGCGUUACGAUAGAGCCAAACCCGAAUCAGCUGAACCAACAACAAGAGUUGGCCAACAGAAUAGCCGGUUUUGAGUGAGAGAGUCCGCUGUUUCACUGACGUGUCAUUCAACUCGAUCGAGAACCCGAGAAUUUUAGAGUUUCAGAGAGUCCCGGUGAGUGAGUUGGCUGGACUGCGGCCGCCGACCAAAUUCAGCUAAGCGAAGCAGAAAGUUACCCAGAAACCAGAGGAAACACUUCUCAACUUCUCGGCUCUUCUCUUGACUUCCAGCCAGUUUGAGUUGACAAUCGGCAAGAGUAGGGUCAAGUUCAGAAGUCUCUGUUUUUGCCACGAAGAUGAUGCGGAUUUUGGUGACUCUGCUGCUGGCGGCUUUCUACUCGGUUCCCUCCAGCUGGGCCUUAGCCUGCACUGGCUGCGUGGAUCUGGACGAGCUCAAUUUCCAGAAAACAGUGGAUCGGUUUCCCUUCUCUAUUGUUAAAUUCGACAUUGCAUUUCCGUAUGGAGAGAAGCACGAGGCCUUCGCCGCCUUCGCGAAAUCUGCCCACAGAGCUACCAAGGAUUUACUUAUAGCGACCGUGGGUAUCAAGGAUUAUGGAGAUCUGGAGAACAAGGCUCUGGGCGAGCGUUAUAAAGUUGACGAAAAGAACUUCCCGGCUAUCUUCCUAUUCAAAGGCAAUGCAGAGGAGUACAUCCAGCUGCCAAGCCACAAGGACGUGACUGUUAACAAUUUGAAGGCCUUUAUCAAUAGCAACACACAUUAUUAUAUCGGUCGCGAUGGCUGUAUCAAGGAGUUCAAUGAGGCCCUCAAGAACUACGCCAAUAUCCCCGAUGAAGAGCAACUAAAACUCAUCGAGAAACUGCAAGCCAAACAGGCGCAGCUGACCAACUCCGAGGAUCAGCAGAACGGCAAGUCCUAUCUGAUCUAUAUGCGCAAGAUCCAUGAGGUGGGAUACGGGUUCCUGGAGGAGGAGACCAAGCGGCUUCUGCGCCUGAAGGCCAGCAAGGUCUCGGAGGGCAAGAAAGAGGAGCUGCUGAAGAAGCUCAACAUUCUGGAGGCCUUCAGAGUCCCUAGGGUCACAAAAGCUGAGAACGAAAAGCAGGAACUUUAAACUUGUCAUACUUAUAUUUGUUUAUUACAUAACACUUAAGACUACUUAAUGAUCAUUAUAAAUGUCGAAGGUCGGCAGAAACAACGUGAAUGUACAAUAAAACUAAAAGUAAACAAAA